AUGGGUGGAAUUCCAAACUUGGGACUAUUAAUGCUUCUGAUGAAUGAUGGCAUAACAAAAUUGAGAAAGGGUAUAAGUCCUGAUAUGGAAGAGAAGUUUGACAGAAUGUUCAUGAACACCACCGCCACUGGUGACCAUGCUUGGGCACCUUCAUCUGGUGUACUUCCGACUCAUGAUUCAUUCGAAUGUGAUGGUAUUCUACUCGAUAGUGGUGAUGAUUCUGAUGAUCUCGUAUACGUACUAGAUGAAACAAUUCAAGUUACUGGAAAAUUUUGUGGGAAGGGGAAAAAGAGAACAAAUCAACAACUUGAUACACACACUACUACAAAAAAGGAAAAACACGACGGGAAUUCACCGUCGUGUAUUCUGUUUUCAAAUGGUCGUGGAAUCCACCGACAUCUUUUCCAUAACCAAACCACGACGGUGAAUAACCGUCGUUGUUAA